UUCUUGAGCUGUUUGAAUUUUGGUUUACUUGUAAAGCAAAAAGCACAUUAUCAUUCUUGAGCUGUUUGAAUUUUGGUUUACUUGUAAAGCAAAAGCACAUGACCAUUCUUGAGUUGUUUUGAGUGUGAAAUCAAGGAUUGAGCUUUAUGAUCUUUUGAUUCAAUUUUGUGACUUUGGGAGUGUAUGGUUGCUUUGAAAAUGUAGAUUUUUGAACAGUUAGGAAUGGUGGAAGUUGAAGGUUUUUUUUUUUGUUGCCCUUUUCCUCGUCUUCUUCUUCUCCUCUCUCUCUCUCUCUCUAUCUCUCUAUGAUUUGUGAUUUUUAGUUGACUUGUAAAGGAAAAACACAUAACCAUUAUGAUAUUUAGAUUCAAUUGUUUCGUGUCAUUUGAAUUCUUGAAUUGUUGAUAGCUAAGUUUUUGAACUGUGGUUGCUGAUUUCUUGGUUUUGGGUUUUGCUGAUUAUAAAUCUUGCAAUUCACUAUUUUGACAGAACCAAUGAUAAUUCAAUUUGUUAUUUGACAACAAUGUUUUAAAACACUCGUUAAGAAUUUAAAAUAUACAUAUAUUAUUUAUAAACAUGCGUAGUGAACAAUGCUUAUUUAUUUUAAACUUUGUUAACCAAUCUUUUUUUGGGUAAUUAGUAUAUGCAUUAUUUUCCUUGUACUUCCAUAAUUCAUGAAAGUUGCAGGUCCAACAAAUGAGAGAGAGAGAGAGAGAGAGAGAGAGAGAGGGGGCUGAAGCUUCAUGAAAAUUGAAAUUUUCGUAGCUAGGGAGAGAUUGAUGGUUAGAUGUAUAUUAUUUCGCGUUCAGAGAGAUUAUUUAACUUUACCGUUGCGCCAAACUCACCCUAAUAUGAUGCUCAAAUAAAUGGAUUCCUUUUUCCAUAUCUAGUGUAGAAUAUCGGAGUUGACUUCUUUUCUUAAUUGGCUACGUGCUUUUAACAACUCAAGUAAACUAAUCUCAUUAAACAAAGCUAGAAUACUUAGAAAUCAUCUCCAAGAAACUUAAAAGACUCUUAAAUCAUUAGAAAAUAGAAACCUAUGGUCUCUGAUCUCUAGAUCCUCCAAUCUCCAGUUCUUAUAACAUUUUUUAAAUUAAAAUAGAUUGCCCAAAUCAAGCUCACCCACACUUCUUCUCUCUCCUCUCUUCCAGUUGCAGUUUUCAACUUCAAGCCGCAGGUACUCUCUAUACCUUCUUUCCUUUUAUUCUUAUGCUCAAUUUCUGAUACAAAACCCCUUGGUUGUCAUUUUCCAUCGGACCGUUCACUCACUUACCUUAACAUGUAUCAGAUUGUCCCCUUCAUAGUUUGAAUUGCAAAACCGCGCAUAUCCAAUCCCAUACUCGAUGUGGUAGUUGUGGUUGUUGGUUAUGAUACAAACUAAGUACAACUUACCAUUGAAAAUCAGCUUGCAAGAUAAGGGUACCCAAGAGGCUUAUAUUCACCUGGUCAAUCCUAUUUGUGUUUUGAUGUGAGAUCGUAGUCUUUGUGUUUCCACGUGAGAUUGUAAAAUUUCAUACUUAGACAGUUGACAGUACAGUGUCAAUGAAUUUAUUUCUGUAAAGGUCAAAGGGGUUUUUGUACCAAUCAAUGAUCUUAGAUUUGAAUUAUUAUUGAGAAUAUCAUAUUUUUAGUUCACAGAGAUCAGUUCUUCCAUUUGCAACUAUUGUUAGAAAUGCGAAAUCAGAAUGUUAUGGCAAAGAUAGGAACAUGUAGAGGGAUACACAGGUUUUUUUUGAUAGUCGGUGUUCUUGGUCUUCUCAUCUGUAUUGCUACCGUGUCAAAUUUCUGCUCUCUUAGAUCUUUUCAUGUUUCUGAUACCUUCUGCAACCAUAAUCACCCAUCUACGAGCCAUGGCCGAAUUGGGUUAGAAACAGUAAUCAAGAAAAUCCAACAAGAACUCGCAGAGAUGAGAGAGUUGUCAAAACAGUCUUCUUCACCAUCAUCACCAUCAUCGUUGGGAUACAGCGCUUUUCUUGCAGAAAUCUUGAGCCUUAUUGAGGAAAUUCAUGCAUCCGUAUCACUAAAAAUUGAAGAAACUGUACACCCUUUGGUGAGGCCAAAGAAACAAUCCAAUGAGCCUGCUGAGUUUUUCUUGAUCGAAGAGAUUCGCAAGUAUGUGAGGAUCAAACCGAACAGGCUGGGAAAACAGAACUUCAUGGGGGCUAAUGGAACGUUCACGAGCAUUGGUCAUGUGUGUUUCGCCAUGAAAAAGGAGCUUGAAGAGUAUAUGGAUUACGAUGUUGGGGAAAUUUGCAGGGAUGAUUGGAAACUGGCACAGAAGCUGAUGGUUCACGGCUGCGAUCCCCUGCCGAGGAGGAGGUGCUUUUCGAGAGCUCCUCAGCUCUACACCAAGCCUUUCGCCAUUAACGAGUCCCUGUGGAAGCUCCCUGACAACCGAAAUGUCCGGUGGAGUCAGUACAGGUGCAAGAACUUCACCUGCCUGGCUAACAAUGCCACCAGGAAAGGCUUCUUCAAGUGUGCAGAUUGCUUCAACCUCACACACCAUGAACUACCCAGAUGGAUUAAACCUGUCUACCAAGAUCCAAACUCAAACCUGACAUCUGAUUUUCUCAUUACCGACGUGCUUGAAUUGAAGCCCGGGGAGAUCAGGAUCGGGCUAGACUUCAGUGUUGGCACCGGGACGUUCGCUGCAAGAAUGAGAGAAUCCAAUGUAACAAUAGUCUCAGCAAGCAUAAACCUCGGGGCUCCUUUCAAUGAACUGAUCGCUCUUCGUGGUCUCAUACCUCUCUACUUCACAAUAAAUCAACGAUUGCCUUUCUUCGAUAACACGCUUGAUUUAAUCCACACAACAAGGUUUCUUGAUGGUUGGAUCGAUUUUGUGUUGUUAGACUUUGUGUUGUUUGAUUGGGACAGAGUUUUGAGGCCCGGUGGGCUUCUGUGGAUCGAUAGCUUCUUCUGCUCGAAAGAGGAUUUGGAUGAUUAUUUGGAAGCUUUUAAGAUGCUGAGGUAUAAGACGCAUAAAUGGAUUGUUGUUCCAAAGAUUGAUAAAGAUGACAAAGAGGUUUUCUUCUCUGCUGUGCUAGAAAAGCCUCCAAGACCAUUCCAGUAACAGUUUAUUGUUGUCAAUGUUUUGAAAUUUUAGGGCUUGUUUGCUUAGUGAGUUGUUUUUGAAAACUACUUUUGUGAAUUUUUUUUGAAAGUGACCACUUUUCGAAAACUUUUGUUCUUGUAGAAAUGAAAAUGAUGGGUGUUGUCAAA